AUGGACGCUCCUCCGACCCCUCCCAUGGUGCCGCCGUCGCUCCGCGCGACAAUGCAUGUGACAGACGAGAUUGUCGAGGACAUCUUCGUCUGCGUCCCGCCGGACAACAGCGCCCUCCUCCUCCGCUCGGCGCUCACCUGCAAGCGCUGGGCUCGCCUCUUUGCCGACCGUGGCUUCCGCCGCCGGUACAGCCAGAGCCACGGGAAGGCACCCAUCCUGGGGAUCAUCGCCAACCUCACCAUCACCGGCGGCGUCGCCAGGUUCAUCCCCACGUGCGGCUUCUGCCCGGCCCACGAUGAACACCACGGCUACCGCGCGCACGACGCCCGCCACGGCCGCGUCCUCCUCAACAAGCUGCCGGAGGCUGUUGGCUAG